AUGUCGGGGAGAGCCGCCAAGAGGCAGAGACGGGGUCAACCCAAGGAGGACAAGGAGGAUCCUCCAAUAACCUUUGAGGCCUUUUCUACAACGGAAGAGUUUGUCAAGAGUCAGGGCGCCAAUCUACAGGAUGCGCUCAAUCUAACAGAUGACCAUGCGGCAUUCUUUGCCAAGCUCCAGAUCAAGACGCUUCAGAAGCAGGGCAUGCACCAAAUUGCUAGCUACAAGAAAGCGUGUGACAAGGCUGAUUAUUCUGUGGAAGAAAUGCUAGGUGAUGCCGAGCAACUCAUUGCUCAAAAGAGGGCCGAGUUGGAGGAGUUCACGGCCAAAAAGAUGUCCUUGGGUUCUCUCAGGAGCAGCAUCCAACAGACCAGGGUGAUUCUGGAAAUUGGGGAAACGGUGGCGACAAAUACCAAUACGGCUGUGGCGGAACCUGCCAAUUCUGACGACAACAACAAGCCUCCACUGAUGUUGUUGCUAGAAUUUUCGGUGGGGGAUAAUGCUGCACUUCGACUGGUCAAUUCUUUUUUGGAUCCAUAUUCGUUGUAUCAAUGGGGGCGGGUCGUUGUGGAGGUGGAGUCAGCGAAUGGCACCGAAAACCAGCCAGAGUUGAGCGCCGCUCGUGAGAUUGGAAUGGCCAUCUUCAAUCAUACUGUGCUACCAAAGCCGUUGCUUGGAAACGAAAGAAUGAGUUGUUUCAAGGAAGGCUGUCGCUAA